GUUGUUUCUUAGUAGAUCGUCAGUCUGUUUAGUCGAACCGCAGCAUUCGCUCCAACGACGUCAGCUGCUCGGACAACAGUAGAGAGUUUAAUUUGUUUCUUUUCCCGAAGUUUUUUAAUCCCUAACCAUAACCAUGUCCGACGAUGAGGAGUACACUUCCGAAGAGGAGGAGGAGGUUGUCGAGGAGGUCAAAGAAAAAGCACCUCAGACACCAGCCGAAGGUGAGGGUGAUCCAGAGUUCAUCAAGCGCCAAGACCAAAAGCGUUCCGAUCUCGACGAUCAAUUGAAGGAAUACAUUGCUGAAUGGCGCAAACAGAGAGCCAAGGAAGAGGAUGAGUUGAAGAAACUCAAGGAGAAGCAGGCCAAGCGCAAGAUCUCCCGCGCUGAGGAAGAGCAAAAGAUGGCCCAACGCAAGAAGGAGGAAGAAGAGCGUCGCGUUCGCGAGGUUGAAGAAAAGAAACAACGCGAAAUCGAAGAGAAGCGUCAACGUCUCGAAGAGGCUGAGAAGAAGCGUCAAGCCAUGCUCCAAGCCAUGAAGGACAAGGACAAGAAGGGCCCCAACUUCACCAUCGCCAAGAAGGAUACAGGCGUGUUGGGCCUCUCCUCCGCCGCCAUGGAGCGUAACAAGACUAAGGAACAACUCGAGGAAGAGAAGAAGAUCUCCCUGUCGUUCCGUAUCAAGCCCCUUGCCAUCGAAGGCUUCAGCGAGGACAAAUUGCGCGAAAAGGCCCAAGAAUUGUGGGAACUCAUCGUCAAAUUGGAAACUGAGAAAUAUGACUUGGAAGAAAGGCAAAAACGUCAGGACUACGAUUUGAAAGAAUUGAAGGAAAGACAGAAACAACAGCUCAGGCACAAAGCCUUGAAGAAGGGUCUCGACCCCGAGGCUUUGACUGGCAAAUACCCGCCCAAGAUCCAAGUCGCCUCCAAGUACGAAAGACGUGUAGAUACCCGCUCUUACGACGACAAGAAGAAACUCUUCGAAGGUGGUUACGAUACGCUCUAUAAGGAAACUUUAGAGAAAGUCUGGCAAGAAAGACAAGAGAGGUUCACACAACGAUCAAAAUCCAAAUUGCCCAAGUGGUUCGGCGAAAGACCCGGCAAGAAGGCUGGCGAACCCGAGACACCCGAAGGCGAGGAAGAUGCCAAGGCUGAUGAUGAAAUCGCCGAGGAUGAAGAAGAAGUCGAAGAGGAGGUCGUUGAAGAGGAGGAAGAAGAGGAGGAGGAAGAAGAAGAGGAGGAGGAAGAGGAAGAAGAGGAGGAAGAAGAAGAGGAAGAAGAAGAAGAAGAGGAGGAGGAAGAAGAGGAAGAAUAAAUUAAUUUAACUACAUUUAAUAAAAAUAAAAACAACCAAAACAACAUAGUUAUUAUUAGCUUAUUCUACCGCUAUCGAUUACAGCCAAAACAAAUAUACUAAAGAUAUUCUUUUUUUAAACAAAAAAAAACAACCUAAGAACAACAACAAGUUUGAAUAUGAAUAAAUGAAAAAGAAAGAAAAAUAAACACAAAAAAAAAAUUGAAAAUGAACCACAAGAAACAUUUCUCAAAAUAAACAUAAAAACAAAUAUCGUAUGAAAACAACAACAACAGCAUCUUUUCAUGAACACGAUUUUAUGUAAGGCUUUUCUAUCGCUCUCUCUCUCUCUCUCUCACACACACUCUCUUUGAAGUCCAAAUAAAUCUGCCUAUAAUUAUAGACUAAACAUUUUUUCCACACUCACACUCACUCUCUCUCUCUCUUUUACUUUCGUUUCGUAAAUGAAAAUUUAAUACAAAAAUUAUGUAAAUUAUUUGUAAUUUUUUAAUAAAAAUUUUUACUACGAACACCUCUGAAAAAAAAACCCAAUCGAAUACUCUUGAUAUUCAUUCACAAAAAGGUUCACAGCUGGACGCACACACACGUUCUCUUAAUCUCCAUCAUACCAAGACCAUCGACUGGAAAGAGCAUUGCAACACAGACUCAUUUCCUAAGACAGCUGAGCAAACUAUCACAGAAACUCACCAACUCACACACUACACGGACACACCCAUACACACACACACACUCUCUCGCUCAAUAUUCCUUUUUUGUUUAAGAAUUGAUAAUAAAUUUAGUUUUUCUUUAUUAUUUUAUUGAAUUAACUUAAAAUACAUAUUAUCUCAAUAAAACUCUCUUGAAAACUGUAAA